AUGGUGAUCGCCGACCUGGCGAUCACCUUUGAAGACCAUUCUGCAGGCGCCCGGCACUCUUCGCUCCAGCUCAGCCACGAUUACAAGACACUCAAGUACCAACGAUCGUGGCAGAACUGGAGCACAAGGGGUGGCGGGUGCAGACUGCAGCCAUCGUCUAUGGCUCGCUGGGCUCGGUGCAGCCCAGCAAUUUCAAGACCUAUACUGAAAAGCUCAAGUUGCUUAAGACCGAGGCUUGUCAGCUGGACCUUCAGCUGUCUAGCCACUGCAUUCGUGCCAGCCACCGCAUUUGGGGCUGGCACUGCAGGCAGCACAGGGAGCGACAGCAUAGUGGAACCGCCCUGCGAGCACCGCAUGGGUCUGGGGGGGCUUCGCGACACACAUCCCAGUCGGUGGCACGACGGUAAGCUGGUCUUUAUAUCUGACAGGGCACUACCCAUGUAG